AUGGAGGGUAAUGAUGACCUAAACUUGAAGGCCAUUAAUGCGUCGGUAGGAAGAUUAGUGUGGGUUCGCCUCCGUAACGCCUCAUGGUGGCAUGUGCAAAUUCUGCUUCAUCACCAUCUUCCUGACAACUCUCCUAAACUUGGCACUCCUAUAAAGCUUCUAGGUCGUGACGAUGUUAACGUGGAAUGGUAUAUCCUUGAAAAAUUCAAGAGCGUCAAGGCCUUUCGUUGUGGAGAGUAUGAUUCUCACAUUGACAAGUCAAAGACUGCUGUUGCUUCGAAGGCUAGCAAGAAGAAGAUUGCCAAGUUAACUCGCCGAGAAAUCGCCAUCAACAUUGCUCUCGAGAUUGAGAAUGCACAUCUUCCCAAACAAGACCAUCCUGAAUUGAUUUAG